AUAACUAACCAAUGACACUUUUAAUAUAUUGCAAUAUGGCGGCGUUUAGGAAGACGCAGCGAGUGAAAAAUAAAACCCCCAUGGGAACACACCUUGUCAUCCAUACAAUAUAGAGCUACCGCAUGAUUUUGUGAAACAUUACAGAAAUCGAUAGGGCGAUUUGAUUCCUUCAUUGUAACUUAAAUCGGAAUAUGGACUGCCCGAAACUUAUUUGUGAUUUACGAAUACCAAAGAUUAUGUGGUACCAAACGGACGUCACUGUUGUUAUUCGUGUAAUGCUUUGUGACGUGACAGAUUAUUAUCUUUGUAUCAAAGAUGAUCAUUUUCAGUUUAGCACGAUUGUAGAUAACAAUAAGUAUUACAUUGGAUUCAAUUUAUUUGGGACAGUAAUCGAAGAGGAAACAACACAUGAAAAUUUAGGACGAGAGAUCAAGAUUACCCUUUAUAAAGCUCAUAAAUGGAUACCAUGGUUAAAACUACAUGCAGAUGACUGUAAAUAUCCUCAAAUAUUACUUGAUCCAGAACGUUUAUAUCAACCAGUGUGGGUCACAGCAAAGAAGAAUGUUGAAGUUAGAGAAGAUUUUGCAAAAUAUAAACGUAGACAUAAGAUUACUCAAAUAAUGCCUGAUGUUCCAUCAACUGACGAAGAAGAAUCUGAUGAUGAAUUGUUUGACAUGUUUUUUGAAUAAUUUAUAAAGAAUGUGACAGCCUGGGGGAGGCAAUAUAUUUAACAGCAAUACAUAUUUGUUUUUCAAAUUCUAAUGUCCAAAUUUUUAAUUCAAAAAACCUUCCACCCUAAAAAGUACAUUACAUCUCUGGUUAAUGUAAAAUCACUGUUCGUUAUAUUCUAUCUGUAAACAAUGCAUAUGUAUGCAUACGGAUUAAGUUAUUAUAAUUUUAACGUGUUAAUAAAAUGUCGAAAUAACUAA